AUGAUUCUUAAAGGUACAAGAGUGCUUAUUCCGAAAACCCUUCAGUUAGAAGUGUUGGCCCAAUUACACUACGCCCACCAGGGGUCGGAAAAGUGUAAGCUGAGGGCAAAGGGUUCCGUGUUUUGGAACAACAUCAACCGUGACAUCGACAACAUGGUUAGAUCAUGUGGACCGUGUCAACAUAAUCAACACAUGAAUGCGAAAGAGCCUCUCACACCACAUGAUGUACCACCUAAGCCAU